AUGAGAAGAGGAAUAGGAAUCGGAGCUCUCCAGAAUGAUAAAUUGAGACAACAAAAAUUCAAAGAAAAAGGAGAGGAUGUAAAUAAUAUGCAAAUGUCUCAAAUGAAGGAGCGCUUGGAUAUAUUCCGACAAAGUUUAGAGGAAUUUGCAAUUAAACACAAAAAAGAUAUUAACAAGAAUGCAGAAUUUCGUCAUCAAUUUCAACAAAUGUGCUCAAAAAUUGGUGUUGACCCUCUUGCAUCGAACAAGGGUUUUUGGGCUGAGUUGUUAGGAGUGGGUGAUUUUUAUUAUGAGUUGGGAAUACAAAUUAUUGAAAUUUGUUUGAAAACUAGAAAUCAAAACGGUGGACUGAUUGAAUUGACUGAAUUGACGGAACGGGUUAAAAAAACAAGAAACAAAUAUUCACAAAAAGAUUAUGAUAUAACAGCAGAGGAUGUGAAACGAUCAAUCAAACACCUAAAAGUUCUUGGGAAUGGAUUUCAGCUAGUCAUGCUUGGUGGAGGAAGAUACUUUGUUCAAUCCGUGCCAUGUGAGAUGAAUGCCGAUCAAACUGCAAUUCUAUCAUGUGCACUUUCUAGAAAGGGCCUUGAAGGAAUGACAAUACCUGAGCUCGAAAGGGAAUUAUGUUGGUCGAGAGAACGAGUAGAAAACGCAUUAAGACCACUUCUCAAAGAAGGCUUUGCUUGGAUUGACUCCCAAUCCACAAAAGGUGAAGGAGAUGAAUUUUGGUUUCCUGGUCUCAUUGAACAGCAAGAACAAAUAGAUCCAUCAUUAAGCAGCAUUAUUUACAAUGAAUAA